AUGCCUGGGAUCGCCCGGUGGUUGGGCGUGCUCAUGCUGCUGCUUGGCGCGCCGCGGCCGUCCCUGUGCGCCAGCAUGAGCCACACCAGCAACUGGGCGGUGCUGGUGGACGCCUCGAGGUAUUGGUUCAACUACAGGCACGCGGCCAACACCCUGUCGAUGUACCGCACCGUGAGGCGGCUGGGCGUGCCCGACAGCAACAUAAUCCUGAUGCUGGGGGACGACCUGGCGUGCGACGCGCGCAACGGCCACCCGGGGAGAGUCUUCAACAAUGCGGACCACAGCGUGGACCUGUACGGUGACUCCGUGGAGGUGGACUACCGCGGCUACGAAGUGACGGUGGAGAACUUCAUGAGGGUGCUCACUGGGCGUCAUGACCCAGCUGUGCCAAGGUCCAAGAGGCUCCUUUCCGACCAGGGAAGCAACGUGCUGGUUUACAUCACUGGCCAUGGGGGCAACGAGUUCUUGAAGUUCCAGGACAAUGAGGAAUUGAUGGCGCAAGACCUGGCUGAUGCAGUUGCCCAGAUGCAUGAAAAGGGGCGGUACAGGGAGAUGCUGUUCAUCGCAGACACGUGCCAGGCGAGCACCCUAUUCUCACGAUUUGAUUCUCCGAACAUACUGACGAUGGCAAGCAGCAAGAAAGAUGAGAGCUCCUACUCCCAUCACAAUGAUAGGGAUGUUGGGGUGUCUGUGAUUGACCGGUUCACCUACCACACACUUGAGUUCCUGGAGCAAGUAGACAUGCGCAGUAGUGUCACGCUGCAGAACCUGUUCGGCAUAUACAGGCAGGACCUUCUGAGAUCUACCUUUACGUACCAGUCAGCCUUGUUUUCGCGUCCCUUGAACCGUGUGAAAGUGACUGAAUUCCUGGGGAGCGUCACUGUGACGGAGCCUACACAAGAGGUUUAUCCCUUGUCGAACAAGGAGAGACUCCUUUCGUCCCCACGACUCACAUCUGCCCAGGUGCCGCCCCAAAAUUAG